AAAGGUGCCCCUCUGAAGUGUCUCCGUGCGACAGAAGAUGGCGUCUGCCGGACACAAGAUGAGUUUGGCCGCCCUGCAGAGACAAGAUCCUUACAUCAACAAACUGCUCGACCUCACCUCGCAGGUGGCGCUUUAUAACUUCAACUCCACAAGCAACCAGUGGGAGAAGACAGAAAUUGAGGGGACACUGUUUGUGUAUACAAGGUCUGCUUCUCCGCACCAUGGCUUCACCAUCAUGAACCGCCUGAGUGCUGACAACCUGGUAGAACCCAUCAACAAAGACCUGGAGUUCCAGCUGCAGGACCCUUUUCUGCUCUACAAGAACGCCAACAUGGGCAUCUACAGUAUUUGGUUCUACGACAAGAGGGACUGCCAUCGCAUCGCUCAGCUGAUGGUCCAGAUUGUCAAACUUGAAGCCGACCACGCACACAGGCCGUCCCCAGUGAAGGCGGAGCCCAGGCCGACCAAUGGUGUAGCAGAAGCGCGACCCAUGGGAAUUCUGGAGCUGCUGAGCAAAGCCAAGGAGGAAUACCAGCGGGCGCAGUCAUGUGAUGCUGAUGCACCUACAGAACUGAAUGCCACGGGAGCUUCAGCUUCAGAGCACACCUCCCAGCAGUCUGAUAAGAAGACUCAUACGAUGGUGAAGCAGAUUACAGUGGAGGAGCUUUUUGGUUCCUCCAUCCUUAAGGACCCCCCUCUGCCCGCCAUGCCCACUAAAAAUGCCACAUCUGCUUCCGGUGACCCCUCAGCUACUUACCCCAAGAACCAACCCUACCCCCCUGCAGCCCACCAGAACCUUCUCCGUGGUCCCCAUGUGGCCGCUCAGGAUCCUGGGCCACAGCAGGUGCACCAAGGCCACGGCCUGCUGCCGGCCCCUUACGCAAUACAUAACAACCCUGUUUUCCAAUCGGCGGUCCGCAGGCCCGACCCCCAGUCCCUCUGUUCGCUCUCUCCUCUCAUGUUGCCUCCAGAGGCUCGAACUGCUCCCGCGGGGCCCCCAGCUCCCCGGGCUUAUAUGGAGCAGGAUAUUCUCAACUCGCUCAAAACGUCAGCGCAGUCGCUCAAUGUGGAAAUCCACAAGCCUGUGCUGGCGCCCAAUUUCCUGCCAAGCACUCUGGUGCCACCUCACAGCUUCCAAGAACCUCCAGUGGUCCUCCAACUCACACAAGACCGGGAUGUUCUUUCAAAGCCCCCAAACCUGAUCAAACCUGUUUCAGCUAUUCCUAUGAGUCCCGGUCUGGCCGUUCCUAGGCCGGACUCCUCCGUGCUGCUCUCCCCCAGCGCCUUCCAGCAGUCUCUCAGCAAGAUGGCGGCUGCAGCUGUGGUCCCUGCAUCCCCUUCGGAACACCUGGGCACCUCUGUAGGGGCUAUGGAGCCUCCGCAGCACCCCUGCAGCAAAGUCCAGCUGCAAGAGACACUCAUACACCUCAUCAAGAACGACUCCGCCUUCCUGGGAACCAUUCAUGACGCCUACCUACAGAACCUGUCCAAGGACUUGAGCGCCAUGAAGCUCUGAUGGUCUUCAUCAAGCAGGUGCUCAUGAGAGAUCUGGACCCUCCUCUUCACUUCUCUCUUGUUGCUGUCUUCAAAGGACAGGAUGACUCUUUUCCUUUCCCACUUGCUGGACUAAUCGGCCCUUUGGCUGCUGGACUCAUUGGUCCUUUGGCAGCUGGACUCAUUGGUCCUUUGGCACUGGACUCAUCGGCCCUUUGACUGCUGGACUCAUUGGUCCUUUGACUGCUGGACUCAUUGGUCCUUUGGCACUGGACUCAUUGGUCCUUUGGUACUGGACUCAUUGGUCCUUUGGCUGCUGGACUCAUCGGCCCUUUGGCUGCUGGACUCAUCGGCCCUUUGGCUGCUGGACUCAUCGGCCCUUUGGCUGCUGGACUAAUCGGCCCUUUGGCUGCUGGACUCAUUUGUCCUUUGGCACUGGACUCAUCGGCCCUUUGGCUGCUGGACUCAUUGGUCCUUUGGCUGCUGGACUCAUUGGUCCUUUGGCUGAUGGCUUCCCUAGAAGUUCUUUAAGAAGGAAGCAUUUUCUCUCUCUUGCUUUUCAAAUGAGGACCUUUGAGGAAAGCUUUUUUAAGCUUGCCUUCAGACAUGCCCUCUAUUUCAUAACAAUACUAGUACAACGCUGCAGUAUUUGCCUCUAAUGAUAGUACAACGCUGCAGUAUUUGCCUCUAAUGAUAGUACAACGCUGCAGUAUUUGCCUCUAAUGAUAGUACAACGCUGCAGUAUUUGCCUCUGAUUGUACAACGCUGCAGUAUUUGCCUCUGAUUGUACAACGCUGCAGUAUUUGCCUCUAAUGAUAGUACAACGCUGCAGUAUUUGCCUCUAAUGAUAGUACAACGCUGCAGUAUUUGCCUCUAAUGAUAGUACAACGCUGCAGUAUUUGCAGCUUAUGAUAGUACAACGCUGAAGUGUUUGCAGCUAAUGAUAGUAUAACGCUGCAGUAUUUGCAGCUAAUGAUAGUACAACCCUGCAGUAUUUGCCUCUAAUGAUAGUACAACACUGCAGUAUUAGCAGCUAAUGAUAGUACAACCCUGCAGUAUUUGCCUCUAAUGAUAGUACAACACUGCAGUAUUUGCCCCAAUGAUAGUACAACGCUGAAGUAUUUAACUACUAAUAGUACAACGCUGCAGUAUUUGCAGCUAAUGAGAGUACAAUGCUGCAGUAUUUGCCUCUAAUGAUAGUACAACACUGCAGUAUUUGCCUCUAAUGAUAGUACAACGCUGCAGUAUUUUCCUCUAACGAUAGUGCAACACUGCAGUAUUUGCCUCUAAUGAUAGUACAACACUGCAGUAUUUGCCUCUAAUGAUAGUACAACACUGCAGUAUUUGCCUCUAAUGAUAGUACAACACUGCAGUAUUUGCCUCUAAUGAUAGUACAACGCUGCAGUAUUUGCCUAUAAUGAUAGUACAACACUGCAGUAUUUGCCUCUAAUGAUAGUACAACACUGCAGUAUUUGCCUCUAAUGAUAGUACAACACUGCAGUAUUUGCCUCUAAUGAUAGUACAACACUGCAGUCAAGCUGAAGUUGACAAAGCAUGCAAAGAUAAAACAAAACAUGUUUUUGUAGUAGUCUUUUAUACUCAAUGAUGUAAUAUUAUAUGCUGAAUUAUAUAAUUAUAUUAUAUAUUCGACUUUAUCAUAUUACAUACUCAACUAUAACAUUAUAUACACAACUAUAUCAUGAUAUUAUAUAUUCCACUAUAU